GAACGAUGACGUCAAUUCCAAAGCCACCACUGCCAGUUCAUGCUUGACCUCAUCAUUUCUAGGAAACAAAACCGAAUGCAAUUAUUCAUACUUAUAUAGCACUUAAAAAGUUCAAAAAUGUAUAGUUCACUUCGAAGUAGUGAAAUAUUGCACAUCUACAACAGUCAAAGACAAACAGAAAACGAAAAGAGAGAAAAGGAAAAGUGGAGAAGACAUUUGGAACGUUCUAUUCAUCAAACUUUUCCCCAUCUACGACUUGUAUUAGCUGGUUCAACUGGUUGUGGAUUUGCUGUCAAGGGAAGUGACUGUGACUUUACGCUUGUCAAACAAGCAUUUUCAGCUUCUGAGAAUGGAGACUCAGUUCUUCGCCAGAUUAAAGCAAUUGUGGAAUCAGAAGAAAGGAAUAACCUUGAAAUUGAGUUUAUUAGCACAGCAGUAGUUCCAAUUCUCAUCCUGAAUGAUACUAAACGUGGCCUUCACGGGGAUAUCAGCUAUGGUGCUAAAAAUACACUCUAUAACACAUUCCUAAUGCGUUGCUAUGGCGAAAUGGAUGAAAGAGUUACGCCACUGGUCAUAACCAUCAAGACUUGGGCAAAAAAUGCUAACAUAAUGAAUGCUAGAUAUCAUAAGCUAUCAGGUUUUGCAUUGGUGCUUCUUGUCCUCCAUUACCUUCAACAUGGCUGCAGUCCUCCUGUUCUGCCAUCUCUACAUCAACGACACCAAUCAUUCUUCAAUCAUCAAGAUCCCAGCCGUGUCGCUGAUUGGCUAGAGCAGGAGUAUACACCACCAUUCAUUUCUAAUUACGAGUCAGCCAAUGACAAUAGCGUCGAGGUCCUAUUCAAAGGGUUUUUUCGUUACUAUAGUACCUUCAAUUGGAGUAAAGUGAUAUCUGUUCGUACUGGCGGCUUUAUAGCUUUACCAUACACCAAAAAAUGGACCAAACCAUACAUACGAAUCGAGGAUCCCAGUGACCUCACCAACGUCACAAGAGCGGUAUAUGAGAGUUAUGGAUUCCAAAUAAUUAAACAAGCUAUCGCGGCUGCAAACCAAAAAUUUGGGCGCGGGGCAAGAGUACCGGAUGUUGUACUAAUUUAAGCGCUACACAGCUAUCUCCUCAAGUUGUAUCAGCCCAAACGUACCCUACGUUCCUCCUCUAAAUUUCUGCUUGUGAUUCCAAGACCAAAGACAUCAACGUUUGGAAAAAGAACCUUUGCUUUGGCUGCAACGGCACUCUGGAACAAUCUCCCUGAUGCUAGAGUCUAAAUCUGCACUAAAACACUUCCCUGUUCACCAGGAGUAACUGAAUUUUUUUGCAAUUUUUUCCACAAACUUGAUAUUCGUCUGGUCCUGUUGUAAAAAGCAUCGAGACGUUGUAUGAUGCGUUUGUCAAGAACUUUAUAUUAUCAUUAUUAGUAGUAGUAACUAUUCUUGGUUUUCACCUACGCCACCAUGAAUUUCAAAAGCGUAAAUUCGCAUUAUAAUGAAAUAAAAAUUUCAUUAUCUUGUAAAGCGCUCAAAACUACAUAUUCUGGCCAAAUUUCGAGGCUGUAAAGCAUUUCGUUGCGGAACUAUAGGCGAGUAAGCAUGACUCAAUUUUUGGUUAAAAUGUAUGGAGCGGCCAUCAUGGUGUUCCAAGUUGGUGUCGCAAGAAGGACGAAUCUUCAAAGGCUUAAGAUGAUGGAAUUAUUAAUAUUUGUGACUUUAUUUCACUUAAAUUUACUUUAAAUAGAUAUUUAAAACGUGUCUAAGGGAAAAUCUUUCAACUAGAGUAAAUUAUUUUUUUAUUA